CCUGUCUGCUCCCGUCGGGCUGCCUCCUUCGGCUGCUUCUCAGGCGGAUUCCUGCGGUGUCUGCACAGCAGGGCACCCGCCUGCCAGGAUGGCAACUUCCAACCUGGAGAACCAGCUGCAGAGCGCCCAGAAGAACCUGCUGUUCCUGCAGCGGGAACACGCCAACACGCUGAAGGGGCUGCACGCCGAGAUCCGGCGCCUGCAGCAGCACUGCACAGAUUUAACCUAUGAGCUGACUGUAAAGAGUUCAGACUUGUCAGGAAACGGUAACUCAAGGAGUGAUGAGCUCAAAAGAAAGUGUGAAGAUCUUGAAGCUCAGCUGAAAGCCAAAGAGGCUGAAAAUAACGAAUUAUUGAAAGAACUGGAGCAAAAGAAUGCCAUGAUCAUGGUGCUGGAGAACACUAUUAAAGAGAGAGAAAAGAAGUACUUGGAAGAGUUGAAAAUGAAAAGCCAUAAGCUCAACAUGUUGUCCAGUGAACUAGAGCAGAGAGCGAGCACCAUUGCCUAUUUAACUUCUCAGCUGCAUGCUACCAAGAAGAAGCUGAUGAGUUCCAGCGGGACCUCGGAGGGGACCCCUUCCAGCAGCCCCGUCCUGUCCAGCUACAAGCCGUCCCCUCCCAAGGACAAGCUGCCGGAGACGCCGCGGCGCAGGAUGAAGAAAAGCCUCUCCACGCCGCUCAACCCCGAGUUCGAAGAGGUCUACAGAAUAGGGUCAGAGAGCCGCAAGCUGCUGUUGAGGGAGCCCGUGGACGCCAUGCCCGACCCCACUCCCUUCCUGCUGGCCAGGGAGACGGCAGAGGUACACCUCAUUAAGGAGAGGCCCUUAGUUAUCCCUCCCAUCGCUUCGGAUCGCGCGGGCGGCGAGUCGCAGAGCCCGGCCCGGGAGAAGCCGCACAAGGCGCACAUCGGGGUGGCACAUCGCAUCCGGCACCCCGCGCCCGCCCCGCCGCAGCCGCAGCUCGAGACGCUGGCGGUGGACCAGGUCCACGGAAGCAAAGUGGUCAGAAAGCACUCAGGGACAGACAGAACUGUUUGAGGAAAAAAAAAACCCCACUGAAACGCUCUACUCUGUUGCUGUUGAUGCACUGUGAUCCUGUAGGAUAAAUAGCACCUGCAGUAAAGUUCCUUUUGAUGCCUCAUGCAUGCCAAACUUCUUCCAGAUCCAUCAUUUAAUAGAUAAGCUCCUCUAACCAAACCUAGCAGGACCGUGUUCAUGUGGCAAGGUGCAACUCCCUAAUGCUGUGGCCAAACCGGGGCACCCUCCCGCUUGCUCCUGAGCGCCGCUCCGUGCCGUGUGCCCACGCGCCCGAAGCCAGGCAGAGGCCGCAGCCCCCCGAGCAAAGCCCAACGCCCCCGUGCCCCGCAGAGACUCGCCUCGGCUCUGAACAUCCAGCCUCUCGGUGGUUCCCUUGUCUUCACGUGAGCCCUUCGUGCGCCGGCCCCGUGGCAAAGCCGCUCUCACAGCAGUGCUGCGGAUGUACCCACACCUCGGAGAGAAGCGGGGACUCCGAUCCCUCCACAGGCACCUGCUCUCGAUCGCAAAUUGUGUUCAUAGCUUCUCUUUCUCAAGAUCCCACGAGUCCCAGUGAGCUUUACUUGAUUCACCCUAAAUACUUUGGUUUAUGGCUUUAAGUGAGAAGUGGGGAGGGAGGGAUGAAGCACCCUUUCAAAGGGUUAAUGAUCCUCAGAGAAGGAGUAUGAACACGGGCUUGGUUGGGGGGUUGUUUGGGGUUUGUUUUUAACCUGCAUGGCUCAAUCACCCACCUGACACUGGUCAGUCCUCUGCACUCGUAGCACCUUCUGUACUGGCUCAGAGCUCCUUUCCCAGGGAGAACUUUCCCCUGUGGAACUGGAACUGGGUCUUUAUGCUCUAACCUGCACUUUUUUUUGUAAAGGGGUUCUUUUUUUUGUUUCCUGAAGGCCUUGGCUCUUGUUCUGGGCAUCAUCAGACAGUGCUGAGCUGUCCCUCUAAAAUGUGUGUGUGUGUUUAGUUUUCCAAUGUCUGAUGUAACCACAGCAGAGGAGGAUCCAGCACCCUCGAUUCCUGUCCCUGCAGACUGGGAUGGACUCACUCUGACCCUGACUCCCCUGCUCCUUUCUGCUCCCCAGGCAGACCCAGCAGCUGGUAGGCUGCUUGAUUGGGUCUGUGUGCGUGUUUUCCUAGGAAGGAAACUGCGAGCUGUGAGAGUAGCUCACCUGGGGAAAGGAGCACCAAACUGACCACUUAAAUUCCAAUUAGCACCUCCAGCUCACCUCUGCUUCACUCUUGUCUGCAGCCUCUGAGUAGGACCAGCAAGAAACAAUGGCUCCCAAAUGCUGCUAAGCUUAUGAUGUGCCUUCAAAACCCUGGAACAUGUCAUCUCUGUGAAAAAGCCGCGGAAGGACCCCCCUGCCUGCUCCCCCCUCCCCUCUCCCGUGAGGCAGCGAUAGGGACCCUGCUCACCCCCAGCCCGGGGCAGCUGCGGCGCAGGUGAGGGGAGGCUCGGGAAGGCCCCUCGUUCUGCGGUUGGCUCAGUGUGCUGCAUUAACCAGCA